UUUUAUUUUUAUGUAAUGACUGAUAAAAAUAAAGAGCACAUUCGUGCAGAAUUUCAAAAACGUUUACAAUCUUCACUAACUGCGUAUGGAAGUAAUGGAGCUGUUAUAUUUGAAUUUAUUAAAGACUUUAAAGAGGAUUGGCAGGCUGAUGUUUAUAAUAUUGCUAAACUUCUCGAAUAUUCUGAGGGUGUUGAUGGUCUAAUUGCUUUAAUGAAAUCAUUUCCAAAUGAUGUUGUAGUUGAAGAACUUCCAAGUGGUCUAGUUCGGUUUAAACCAGUUCCAACAGUAACGACUAUCGAAAAUUUGAAUUUGAUUGAUCAAUCAAAUAAAGAAAUUGCUGAACACAAGGAAAGAAAAAUUAGACUUAAUCAACGACAAAAUCCAAUUCAUAUUAGACUUUCUUCAGUGCCUCCACCAAUUUAUCCGCCACAAAUAUUUAACCAGAGCCAUCCAAUUCCUCCUCAGAACGGCCAAUCAGUACCUCCACAUUUACUCCCGCCUUAUCAUCGAGGAUAUAUUCCAUCAUCAAAACCGCGGGUUAAACAGCCAAUUUCUGAAAAUGCGAAUUUAAUUGAUUUGGGUGUUCGAGCACCACUGUCUCAGCGUCAAAAUGGUACUGGACAUCAAUCAAGAAAUAAAACUAAUUUAAUUAAUGGAAAAGAAGAAAGGAUGAGGGAUGGGCGAAGUUCACCUCCAAGUUUCUCACGUGCUUCUACUCCACGAGUUAUAAGUCUUCAUUCUUCAAUUAAUGAUCUAACUGAAAUAGAGCAAGCAGAGAGGGAAUAUUCAAUGAAAUUGGGAAAAGGCCGACCAAUUCUUGGUCAAACAUUUGAACCGCUAAUUUCUGACGACGAGGACUUUCGUGUACCAGCAUCGGAUGAUGAAUCUACUCUUACUGAUGCUUCCUCACGUGUUGGAUCCGUUUCUAGCCUUGAUAAUCUUAUUGACUCUAAUAAACAAUCUGGAACUGUUUUAGUUGAUGCAAAAGAAGAAACUGAAGUUGAUGGAGUUGUUGAUGAGUUUGACGAUGAAGAUGAUGAAUCUUUUGUUUCUGAUGAUUCUGAGUUCGAUAUUCUUUUUGACGAAAUUGAGGAGGCUGUGGAAGAGAAAGAGAAUAUUUCUGUUUGCAAAUAUAUUGAUAAAUUAAAGAAUGAAUUCCAUCCACCACAGGCUGAUCUUUCUCGUCUUCUUUAUCUUUUCCAAUUGAAUGAUGGCUCUUUGUCUUCGUCAAAAAUUGAUGAUCUUAAAAGGUUUUACGAAAGGGAAUUUGGUUGUGCUCUUUCGUCGAAAGAGCUAAAUAGAUUGUUGGGUUGUCCACCAAAUAUUCGAAUUGUUGGAGAAUCUUUCAAAAAAGCUUCAUAUCCAGCUUCCUCUUUCUUUAGAGUUAUUCAAUCAGAUUCAUCUUCAAGUCUUUAUACGGUUAAAUUACGACGAUGUUUAACUGGAGAAUUCAUCGAUCCUUCUAUUUAUUUUGCAAAAUUGCCAUCUCGGGUUGUGUCACGAACUUCUACGUUUUUACCGAAAAUUUCUUCCAUUUCAACAAUUACGAGUAAUAAUAACGUUCCAUCAACUUCAACAAACACCUCCUCAUUGCCAAUUCAACCCACUGCAGCUGUUAAAUCUGUUGACAAGCCAACUUUCAAUUCAAAAUUAGACUUUCUCAAAAUUUCAAUUAAAAUUUCCACUAUUUUUGACAAAAAUGCAAAUGGGAAAAUUCUUUUGGAUGAAGUAUUUGAACAAUUAAAUAAGAUUUUGCCGCAUCCUUUUCUCGAAACAAAAAUGGGGCUGCUUGGAUAUUUGAUGGAGUUUCUUUCGGAUUUUUGUGAAAUUUUAACUGAAGGUUAAACUUUAUUCAGUUUCACUCAAAUUUAAUUUUUAGGAAAUAAAAUCUACAUUGUGGAUAUCCGUAACUGUCCGAAGGUCAAAAAGAACCAAUUAAUUUCUACUGCUUCUUUUAAUGGUUUCCGUAGUGGAAAUAAAUUGAAAGUUAAGAUAUUGGGUGUUGUCUCAAAUGGAGAUGCUAAAUUAGAAUUAUGCCAACUUUCUUCGAAAUUGAGACUUUUAUUGAGGUUUUUUUAUUUUAUACUAUUAAAUGUUGAUGG